ACAGAAGAGUACAGAGAAGAAAUCCAUUAAUAAUGCCUGAUAUCAGCGUCGUGGAAGACAUUGAUAUGGUUUCAUCACCACCGCCUUCGAGGUGCCAAGUCUUGGCCAUCGCACUGCUGGUGAUAUCCGCCGUCGCGAUAUCCAUCACCGGCCUCGGGUGCUAUAUAUAUUACGCGACCACUACGACGGCCGACUUCGACGUCCUGCUCACCACCGCCGUCGUCUCCACCAGCAACGCCAGCUCCCUCCUCAUCGAGGCCGACUGGCUCCUCACCUUCGACUUGGACGACAUCCCCAACCACCCUUCCGCUCUGGAGGCCUCCGUCCUGUAUGAUGAGCUCGACGGAGGCGGCCAGCUGACGGAGGUCGCGGCCGCUCGGUCGCCGGCUCUCGACGUUGGCUGGCGGGACCAAAAGUUCAGCAUCCGCCUGGCGGCGGCGGCGGGGGACGGCAGGAGUAGUGCUGCUUCUGCAGUACGGGACCUGGGUGACAUGAUCGAUGAUGCGACGAGAUCGGUGGAGUUUCAGGUCCGUCUGGGUGCUCUGACUUGGGCGGAUGACGUCAUGUUUGGGUUAUACAAAUGGAAGAUGACUACCGAUGUUGAUUGCGACUCCGUACGGAUGGAGUUUCUGUACCCGCGGCGAGGAGGAUCCGUCACCGGAAUCUUGGCUAAACCCGCCCUGUGUCAUCCUCAUGGCCGGAAAAUCUCUUAAAGCGUCCUGAUUUCGGCUCAGCAGAUCAUAUCUAGUUGUCUAGUAUUUCUCGGUUUUUUUAUUGGAUGUAAUCGGUCCUCGUGGUUCAAUUAGUUGAAUUUACAAAGAUGUUUUUAGUUUCAGCAUCUUUUUUUAAUGUAUUAUAAGUUGUUUUCUUUCCGUUUGGAGAGGUUCAUGAUGUGAAUCAAACUUCAAGUAUGCUUUUUUUAUUUAGAUGUUGAUAUGACUUGAGUCGGAUGCAGACUUUAAGAAUGUACGGGGAGAGUAGCGACUAGCGAUGGUGGUGAUUUCCUUUUUUUCCACUGCAAUUAGUGGCAUGCAAAAUGAGUUUCUGCUACAGAUUAAAGCAACCAACUGCUAGUUGAAAGUUACGGUGUCUCGGUUCGUCAAUUGGUGGAGGGAUGUUUCGAGCUCCUUCCGAUCUUGUUUUAUUCUUUUUUACCACUUUUUAUUUGAUGACAAAAAUUGCCCUAGGGGAAAAAAAUACAAGCUGCUCAUUAAGGGUGUAAGUUUGACUCCAAAAAUCCCACUGACCUAUCUCGACCCUGAGAGCAUGCAUGACAACCUAAUUUGCUUCUUGUAGCGAAUGCUUGCAGGAAACAAUCUCAAGAUCGAUUAAAUAGGACAUGACAAU